UUUGAUGACCCCCAUUUCUUUUCAGAAUAUUUAAAAGAUGCUUCAAAGAAGACGAAAAGUGGCCUGAUGUUUGUAAAAUUGGUUAACCCUUGUUCAGGGGAAGGAGCCAUUUACUUGUUCAAUAUGUGUCUACACCAGCUGUUUGAAAUCAAAGUUUUCAAGGAAAAGCACCACUCUUGGUUUAUAAAUCAGUCAGUUCAAUCAGGAGGUCUCCUGCACUUCGCCACACCCAUGGACCCCCUGUUUUUGCUCCUCCACUACCUCAUACUGGCCAACAAACAGGGAAAGUUUCAGCCUCUAGAUCAGGUGGUGGUGGAUGAUGCAUUUCCGAAUUGUGUCUUGUUGCUGAAACUUCCUGAACUUGAGAAAGUACUUCACCACGUGACAGAGGAAAAAGAAAUAGGCAACAAGAAAUAUUACAAGUAUAGCAAAGAGAAGACAUUGAAGUGGCUGGAAAAAAAGGUUAAACAAACUGUGGCAGCAUUAAAAACCAGUAAUGUCACUGUCAGUGCUCGGGUGCAGUCAUCUGCAUUUUUCUCUGGUAACCAGGUUUUGAGUGACAAGGAAGAGGAUUACAUUCGUUAUGCCCAUGGUCUGAUAUCUGAUUAUAUCCCUAAAGAAUUAAGUGAUGACUUAUCCAAAUAUCUAAAGCUUCCAGAACCUUCAGCUCCAUUGCCAAACCCUCCAUCAAAGAAACUAAAAUUAUCAGAUGAGCCUGUAGAAGCAAAAGAAGAUUACACUAAGUUUAACACAAAAGAUUUCAAGACUGAAAAGAAAACAAGCAAAAUGACUGCAGCUCAGAAGGCUUUGGCUAAAGUUGACAAGAGUGGAAUGAAAAGUAUUGAUGCCUUUUUUGGUGCAAAAAAUUCUAAAAAAAUUGGAAACCUUCAAAACUCUAAAAAAUAAAGCCUAAUAAAGCAAAAAGCAUCUUUUCUUUU